AGACCGUUAGCCGUGAAUUCCAUCUGCAUUAUUUAAGAUGCUGGAAGAAACGUUCAUUUUAUCUAAACUUCCUCUAACAUUUGAGAAAGGGGAAAACAUUUCAAUUCAUGUGCUGUCUUCUUUUAUUUAUAUUUUAAACAUUUCCGUCAAAAAACAAGUUUUUCUGUAUAUUUAUAGUGUGAGACAAUCAAAGGAAAGUACUUUUGAGUUGGUUUGGCAUGACCCUGCUUUAACUGUGGAUAGUUAUUUCGUCUCACCCGAUGGCUACCUAUUCAUUCUUACUGCAAACAAUGACCUACAUUUCUACAAUGUCGUUGAACAGGAGGUUUUUCUGGAAAGAGAAUUACUUUCCUCAGAGUUUAUGGAGCUUCUCAAGUACUCAGGUUUUCCUAUGAAAAAUGCCCAGUUCUUGCCGCUGUCUUUGGUUGGUAACAACCUGGUAUUGUGUUCGGGUACCCGCUGGUUGAUCGUCGUAACAUGGAACUUCAGUGCAAAAGUGGCCAAAGACUUCAUGGUCUCCUGCAUUGAUCUGGGUCCUAGCAUCACUUCGAUCACCUCCAACAAGCAGUAUAUCUUCUGUCUCAACAGCUAUGGCGAUAUCUUGGUACACAAAGCCGUGGACGCCCUGUUUCUGAUCAGACUGAGCGUGUCCGACUGGCUGCCCUGGAAGGAUGUCGACAACACGACCCAGUCGCAUCGCCGCAUGGUCGCACUCGGUUGCGGCCACGACCGCAUGCGGCUGGCGCUGGUCGCUGCCACUCACGACCAGGUCGCCAUCUUGGACCUGGCGGCCGCAUUCAACGAUGCCAUGAAUCUCAAUGUCGACAGCUGCAGCAGUAUUUCGAGCGAGAAAUCACAUAAGACAACAGCGAGCUCUUACAGUGCAACCUCAAAGACUAGCGCAACCUCUGGAUUUUCUUCUCAGGCCGGCACAGUUAAUGCUUCCAGUAAACAGCUUUUCAACUACAAUGUCUUCAAUGACGCCUGGUCAAAUUAUCUGCAAAACCUGAAGAAAUCUGCCUCUCCAGGACAGGCUCAAUCUUCGUCCCAUGCCCGAAACCUGGCCAACGACGUUGUCAAACUGAACUUGAGUCCCGAUUUCGGUGAAAUUAGAAAGGUGCAUGCCACCGACAGGGGAAUCUCAGUUUUGAGUCGACUGGAUGCAUCUACAUAUCUGUACAGAUUAUUCGACAGCCGCUCAGGUCAGCUGAAAUUCAGGGCCUCUCUGCCGUCCUACUGUGAGGUGGUCGCCCUGACCGCCAGUGACGUCACCAUAGACCUGGUGGUUGCUGACAAUUCGCUGAGGUUGCCAUUGUGUGGUGCUCCCAAACAUGUUUUCCUCAAUAAGUUGUUGCGCUGUGUGGACGAGAGCCGCAUUGCAUUGCUGUUGGAAGGCUGGGAUGAGAUGCGGAGUCCUGUUACCCUGUUGUUAGCCUCAGUGGCAGAUGGACAACUCGACAAUGUUCAUUUGGCGCUUAAUCUGCAUGCUCAGUUGUUCAAACUGGAAGCCAGCGGUCAGGAGGUGGGAGAAGGUGCGCAGACGUGGGAAAUCCUGGACGCAUUAGACGGUGUCGUCAGCGACACUUUGAAGGCGACAGCGACAAAUGUCGGCGACAUUCCGUCAGCGACUCGAGUUGACGAUUUGUCUUCAGCGAUGACGACAAACGUUGACGAUUCUUCUCCAGCGACAGCGACAAAAGUUGACGAUUCCUCUUCAACGAUGACGACAAACGUUGACGAUUGUUCUUCAGCUACAGCGACACAAGUCGGCGACACUUCGUCAGCGACAGCGACACGCGUCAGCGACAAGUUUGUGCGUCAGAUAAGAGGUCUGCAGCUGACACACUGCUACAGAUUGCUGAGUCUGCUUGAUGAGAUCGCUAUUCCGAUGCAGGCUAAAGCUAAGGCCGCUGUGCUCAGGCAUAAGAUACAGCAACUCAUGUUCCUACUUUUUUGCAACCACUGUUACCAGGGCAUGGUGUCCAAGGCGGUUAACCUAGCGCCGCAGUGCAGGAUGAUUGCUCACAGCUUGGGGUUGUUGGCAUUUGAGAUGGGUGUCUGGGCCGGAAUAGAUCGGCUAUCAGCCGUCCACUGCUUCCUGGCGGUGCGCCGUCAGUGGACUCCGCCUGAGCUGGGCGGGGCUCGCUUCAGGGAACUCGCCACAAAUGCCGCGCAACAUCUCGCCAACAACCAGGACCUCGAUGGAGCAGUGCAUCUCUUGCAACAUGCUACCACAGCGUUUGUGUACUCGCUAUAUGGCUCUCCAGUGCCAUAUGUCACGCCUAAAACUAGAUCGACUGCAUUCCUUCCAGAGGCCAAGUUACGAGCGGUGGACAGCACUCUAUUCUACCGAUUACGGCAGCAAACCUUCCUAUUUUAA